GCCUGUUGUUGGUUGUCCAAGAGAACCAUGGCAUGACUUGCACUGUCGAAUUGAUGGCCCAGCGGCAUAUGAUAUUCUCACCAACUUUGAGGAGCGCUGGUCAAGGGAUUCAAAGCCCCGUGGGCUUAAAAAACUCAAAGAGACAGGUGGAUCAGCAUUACACAAAAUUUUCAAAAUUCGUAGCAUGGCAGAGCUGAAGGAUUUAAAAUCCCAAGGGGCUUCUAGAAAUGUAUGAAUCAUACAAUGAUGCAUUACUCACGAUUGAUAGAAUUCCGGACAUCAUUGGAAUGACAGAUUUGCCAUGCCUAAGAGAUGAUGAUCCAGAAACUUGGCAUGUCCAGUUUUUUCGUUCGGUAGACUCCAAUUCAGUUAAGGGUUUUCCAAAAGACCCAAAAGAUGCUACAAGCAGGAACUUGGCAUGCGGGAAGAAUGUCCUGAUAGACAUGAGUAUACAUGCUGCAUAUGUAAAUGCAAUCAGUGCGGCCCAACGCUUCAUUUACAUUGAGAACCAGUACUUCCUUGGGUCAUCAUAUAACUGGAAUCAACACAAAAAAUUAGGUGCAAACAAUUUAAUACCAAUGGAAAUCGCUCUCAAAAUUGCAAAUAAAAUCAAAGCGAAGGAGAGAUUUUCUGUAUAUAUUGUCAUCCCAAUGUGGCCAGAGGGUGAUCCCACAUUUUUCACCACUCAAAGGAUUCUUUUUUGGCAGUAUAAUACAAUGCAAAUGAUGUAUGGAAUGAUUUACAAGGCUUUGGAAGAGGAAGGGCUUGAGAAGGAAUAUGAGCCUCAAGACUAUUUGAAUUUCUUUUGCCUUGGCAAUCGUGAGGCUGAAGACGGGGAAGACACUACUUUAGAUGCAGGAAAUGCUCAUGCCGAAAACACUCCACAAGCACUGACCAGGAAAAACCGACGCUUUAUGAUUUAUGUCCAUUCAAAGGGCAUGAUAGUUGAUGAUGAGUAUGUGAUAUUGGGGUCCGCAAACAUCAACCAACGUUCCUUAGAAGGCACAAGGGACACCGAGAUUGCCAUGGGAGCGUAUCAACCUCGCCAUACUUUGGCAAGCAAGGGCUGUCAUCCACAUGGGCAGAUCUAUGGGUAUAGAAUGUCACUAUGGGAAGAGCGCAUUGGUGAUCUUGAGGAAUGUUUUAAGCAACCAGAGAGCAUCGAAUGCGUGAGAAGGGUAAGGUCACUGGGUGAGCUGUACUGGAAGCAGUAUGUGGCCGAUGAAGUAACAGAAAUGAAAGGUCACCUUCUGAAGUACCCACUCGAGGUUGAUCAAAUGGGCAAGGUGAAUCCUCUUCCCAGCUGCAAAGAAUUUCCAGAUAUGGGCGGGAAAAUCACCGGGAGUAUCGGGCCUAUUAAGAUCAACGAAAAUCUCACCAUCUGAUCAAAUCAAGCUUCCAAUGUGGUGAACGCUUCCAAUGUAGUGAAUUUGUGA